UUCUAUUGGGGCAUGGGCUUCUAUUGGGGCGUGGGCUUUUAUUAGAGACAAUCCGGUAAUUUAAAUGCAAAAAAUUCGUUGUUGUGAAAUAUGUGGGAAACAAAGUGAAGGCAGAAAUUAUAAUGUUAUUAGUUGUCCAAGCUGUAAGCAAUUUUUUCGGCGUACAGUUUUAUAUCAAAAGGUUGUCAAUUGUAAACGAAAUAAAAAGUGUGAUAUAAUAAAUGGUUGGUGUAAUAAUAUUAAUUAAAAAUAAGUAACUGAAAUUGUAUUACUUAUAUCAGGUGAUAAAUGUAGAGGUUGCCGUUUUGACAAGUGUUUAAUUG